AUGAUAUUCGGUGCCGUUGCACUUUUCAUGCUGUACGGCCUGUGGAGCUAUCGAGAUGGGCGUGCGAUCGGCACGAGCCCUCUCAGCUCAGGAACGACUUAUACCAAAGGCCGGGCAUUCCCUUGCUCGGAAACAGUCUCUAUGCCCUCAGGAAUUCAGGUACGCAGUCGAAUCGAGGAAGAGAUCAACUCGGAAGCUCUGGAGCUGGUUCGGAGGAGUUUUCGUCUUCCCUGCCAAACCCUGUCAUGCCUCUCAUGUCCGCUCAUCUGCUUCUCGUGCGGCCCCUGUCUUUCUUCUCCCUGCGCAUGUUCCGUAUCCAUCUUUCCCACAGCACGGAGAUGCGUCGCAAAUAUACUUUCUCACUCCCAUGUCGGGAUUGCCCAUCUCCUCACCUCCGCCGUUAUCCGCAGAUUUUCACCGAGACUCGAGCCCAGGCUCCUUCUGCCACGGAAAGGAAACAUAUCACCUUCACCAUGCCCGGUGUGCGCAUGAUCGAGUUGAGUCGCCCGAAUUUCAUCGAACACAUUCAAAGAACCCACUUCAAAAAUCAUGGCAAGGGUCCGACCUUCUACAACAACGUCAAGCAGGUCUUGGGUGCGUGACUCGAACUUCUCUCCCGUCUCCUGGGUAACCGGUUUUUUCCCUUAGGCACUCUUGACAACAAGGCAGUGGAUGACCACCGGAAUGGUAAAUCUCACAGGUGACGGUAUAUUUUCUGUUGAUGGACACAAAUGGACUCUGCAGAGAAAGGCUACCGCAAACAUCUUAAUAUGAGUGGUCCCACGCUGCGCACGCGUAUUCGGUAGAGACAUUGACAGUGUAAGUUCGCGGCCUGCGGCCCGACCCCAGGGCAACGCUUUCCGCGAUAUCAUCAGCCAAUCGCUGGAAAAGAACCUCAGCACACUGAGCAAGAUUCUCAGCAAGAAAGCAGAGACGGGUGAAGUGUGGGCGUCCGCCUUGCACCGGACUGGCACUCCGCUUGCGACCGGUGCUGAAAUUAAUCCACUGCUCGCAGCGUUCGAGUUGUUGAGCUUGUUCUUCCGCUUCACACUCAACUCGUUCUCGGACAUGGCGUUUGGUUCCGCGAUCAACGCCCUUUCAACCGAGACGGAUGAGCCCGUUCCCUUUGCCGUGGCCUUUGACGAAGCCCAGGGUGUCAUGAACGGUCGUUUUGUCAAGUAAGUGGCUCUGUACAAGCAUCUACAGGCUUGCUCGUGCAGGGCCAUCCCUAAAGGCUCGACAUCUGAGCCACGUCUAGUCCAUUCUGGCGUUUCACCGAGCUACGGGACAGCUUGGCGCAUGCGAAAGGCUGUCAGGACUAUCGACGACUUUUCGUACAAGCUCAUAGAUGAGCGCACCAAGAACGGGCUCAAUGACGUCAACCCGGGCGAAAAUAGGAACAAGUCAGAGACCGAUCUCCUAAGCCUGUACAUGUCCAUCCGGGAUGACCAGGGCAAGGCCUUAUCGCGCAAGCAGCUUCGAGAUGCCAUCAUCGCGGGGCGAGACACCACCGGGCAAGCGUGCUCUUGGUCCAUGUACCGCCUCAUCCGCCAUCCUGAGGUUGUGAAGAAGAUGAGUGCCGAGGUCGACGAGAUGGGUAGCAUCGAUUACGACUCGUAUAAGACCAUGAAACAAACAAACGCUGCAUCAAAUGAAGCCCUUCGACUGCUGUGGUACUCGGGAUCCCGUCGUGUGCAGCAAAGUCGGAAAUGAGACUCCUGUUGUCGGAAAUGAGAUGGGAUUCGGUGGUCUCGGGGAUCGGGCUGGAGUCGCUUAGUCGGGAAGCGCAGAUUCGGCUAACUCGGCCUAGCGUCACAUGAGCGGAUAAAAGUUCAGAGCAAGGGACCGUGUGACAGGAGCAAGGAAUGGCGUGAUCAGGACGAAGUAUGGCGUGAUCAGAAGGCCGAGUGUCGAAAAGAGGAGGAAGCUGGCCGGAGGGAUUGGAGUGUCCUGGCGUUGGAGGGAAGACUCACUUCUUGUUCUGGGAUAGACUACUACACACAACUCAGACCACCUUUGGAGGGAGGCGACUUUCGGAGGGGGUGGACCACUUGGGGAGAGGACUUUUCUGCGAAUCUAUCAUUCUCGGUUUCAUUAUCUGCGUGUUUCUCGGUUUCGGCAUCUCGGUCUCUGCGUUUCGAUAGCAAUCAGCCUCCUGUCUCUGAUCGUCCGCUCACUAUUAUGUACCAUACUGCACCCCUCUGUACCGAAGAAUUUGUGGCAAGCGCUCGGCGACGACCUGAUCCCGGAUGGCCCAUACAUUAAGGCCGGCGACUUUUUGGAAUGGUACGCAGGGUGUCCAACAUCUUCAGUCGCCUUUGUACAUCGGGAGCUUAUUGCUGGCCCAUCCUGCGUGUGUUGUCUAUUCCGAUCAUUCGAUGAAUCGUGUCGAAUCCGUCUGGGGUGCUGAUGCCAAAGUGUUCAACCCCGCUCGUUGGAUCGACGAGACGGGCGAGCUCAGAAAGGAGUCUCAGUGGAAAUGAGUGGCGAUCAGUCUCGAGUUCGGUCGUGUGCUGUUUUGCGCGGCCAUCCGAUUUGACUAUCAAAUUUCUCUGUCCAGCUACCAUGUCUUUAACGGGGGCAGCAGGCUUUGUCUCGGCCAGGACUUGGCCAGGUACGAGUCUGCAGCUUUGCUGGCCACGAUCUUGCGAGAUUUCGAUUUCGACUUUGCGCCGUCGUACUCGGAAGUGCAGAUGCUGCCUACGGAAGAUGUGCCUCGGUACGCAUCUUCUCUCACCUUACCGAUGCUCGAGCCCCUUAUGGUCGUUGCAAUGCCUCACAAACGCUCGACGCAAUGA